AUGUUCGGAGAGGAGAUUGCUAAAAUCCGCAAGCUCGGAGUCCAUGGAGUUCUCUUCCAGCUCCUCAACUUCCUCAAUGUCGUCGCCUCGGGUCUCGUCAUGUGGAAGGCGCUGUGUCUCGUCACCAACUCGGAGUCGCCAAUUGUCGUCGUGCUCUCUGGCUCAAUGGAGCCUGCCUUUUACCGCGGCGACAUUCUCCUCCUAAUGAACCCUCAGGACGCGCGGUACGACAUCGGAGACAUCACCGUGUACAAGGUACCUGGAGACCCGCUCGGCACUCCCAUCGUUCACCGUGUCAUCGAGUCGCACACCUCCAACACCACCCAGCUGCUGCUCACGAAGUGUGACAACAACCCUACGGACGACUUCUUCCUCUACAAGGGUCCGCAGUGGCUCGAUUCGCGCCAGAUCGUCGGCAAGGUGGUCGGAUUCCUGCCGUACCUCGGAUACGUUACCAUUGCCAUGAACGACUUCCCGCAACUGAAAUAUGCGCUGCUGGGCACGGUAGGCGCGUUCCUCCUGCUGAACAGGGACCACUCGUCGUAG